CCAUCCACUACUCCAUUACUGAAGAACUUCCAGCAUAUGAUUUCAACUGUGGAUUUGGCUACAGUUCUCAAAAGUCAAUCUGUCGCUGGGAACACGAUAGCCAGCUGGACCUGAGAUGGGCCGUCCUCACCAGCAAAACAGGGCCCAUUCAGGACCACACAGGAGAUGGCAAUUUUAUUUAUUCCCAAGCUGAUGAAAACCAGAAAGGCAAAAUUGUCCGCCUUAUCAGCCCCAUCAUCAACCUGCAAAAUUCUGCACUUUGCAUGACUUUCUGGUAUCAUAUGUCGGGCCCUCACGUCGGCACGCUAAGAAUCAAACUGCGGUACCACACCCCUAAAGUAUACGAUCGGGUCUUAUGGAUGCUAAGUGGAAAUCAGGGAAACUGCUGGAAGGAAGGUCGGGUUCUUCUCCACAAAUCUGUGAAACAUUAUCAGGUAAUGGUGGAAGGAGAAAUAGGAAAGGGAAAUGGAGGAAUUGCAGUUGAUGAUAUUAACUUUGACAGCCACAUAACACAGGAAGAAUGUCGAAAAUCAAAUGACACAGGGAAUGAAAUAGUUGAAGUAGAGCCAGAUAUUAAUCAAACAGGAUUUACUCCUGAUUACCGUGAAAAUGGGGAGCCUUAUAAUGACAACAUCUCCAGAAAGCCAGGCAACGUGCUGAAAACGCUUGACCCCAUUCUCAUCACCAUCAUCGCUAUGAGUGCCCUGGGUGUGCUUCUGGGGGCCAUCUGUGGCGUCAUUCUGUACUGCGCCUGUUGGCACAAUGGCAUGUCUGAUAGGAACUUAUCUGCACUGGAGAACUACAAUUUUGAACUUGUGGAUGGUGUGAAAUUAAAAAAAGAUAAACUGAACACACAGAAUACUUACUCAGAGGCAUGAAGAUAGAGGAGGAGGAAGAAGAGGAGGAGGAGGAGGAGGAGCUAAACAUUUCAAACAAUUGAGACAGAAAGACAUAUAGCUAGCUUAUGCUGGGGAACUGUGGAUCUCCUUUUACUGUACAGGCUGAAAACUGCGUUGAAGACGCUGAACCAGGCCUUUCUCAGGAGCUUCAGUGGGUGUAACAGAUAUACUAAGACAUGGACAACAAUCUGUGUUAAACAAUCUGAAUCAUGUACAGUCUUCUUCUGUUUCUGUUUUAAUUUGAAAUAUUCAAAUGCUGGUGUUGAGACCAAGUAUGAUUGACUUAAGAGGGGUGUUCUGUUUUGGUUUUGCCUUUUUUCUUCUUUCUUCUUCCCUUGGCCCCUCCUUGCUUUGUUUUCUUUCCUUCUGUCUCCCCACCCCACCCUGGGCCCGUAAGUCCUUUUAUUUUUUUACUGUGCAAAAAUCCAAGAUGCUGUCAAAACAUGUAUUUUGGCAGGAGUCCUUUGGAUGGACAUCCUGUUUGUAGCUCAGUGCCCAGAAGGAAGAAUAUCAGAGUAACAGCGACUUCAUGGAUUCCUGAUACUGUAUUUGUGUAUAAUUGCUUGUGUUGUGCAUAGGCAAAGGAGGGUUAGGGUGUUUGUUUUGGGGGGUGGGGAAGUACUGUAUGGUCAGUACUGGUAUAGUGUGUCAACUCUGUUAACCAAGCAAUACGGUCAGAAUUUAUUGGUGUUUCUCAGUGUUGUACUCCACUUUUGUGCUUGUGAAUUCCAUACAAGAGAUACGUGCCAUCACCUACAAAUAACUGGCAAACCAAGCGUCCUGCAUCAAACUGUAACGAAAACAAAGCAAAAGUCCUUGGCACUGGCUAGUUUAUGUCCUCUCAAGUGCCUUUUUGUUGUAUUGCUCCUCACUGGAUUAACAUUAAUUCCCUCUUUGUCUCUCUCCAUCCUUCUCUCUCUCUCUCUCGUCCUUGCCCUUAGUUCUACUCCUACUGACUAACAAGAAAGUAUAUUUUAGUGUAAGUCAAACCUUGGGAAGGCAAGGGCUAACAAUAUCUUGGCAACUCGGCAGCUAAUUCCUUCACUUCCUGUUUUUCAAUUUAAUGUUGCUGACCCCUUGUUCUAAAAAGCUGCGGUUUUGUUCCUGUCCUUCUACCUAUUCUUGUUCUUUCAUACAGAAUGUAUUUUCAAAUAUAAGGCCUGUCGCUUUCUUUUGCUCCCCCUCUCUUGUCUCUGAAUAGAUUGUUACAUAAGCAUUUGCCACUGUCAAGGUAAGGAAAAUGCAGCUUUAAUUUGCUGGUAAUGGCAAAAAAAAAAAAAAAAGAAGGAUUUUAUUACAUUUUUGUCUUUUCUUUUAUCGCUGUAUUUGAAAAUAAGGGAAAUGUCUUAAUGUUACCUUCCAGAGUUGAACUUUGGGUUUCUUUUUAGCAGCAUAAUCUGACAGUAUCUUUAUUUUUUUUUUCCUCCUUUAGUAAGCCAUGAAGUAAGUCUUUUAAUUCUGUCCAGAAUAUUCAUAUAAAUUGAUGGCAAUGAGAAUUUGUUGUUGAUGUUGAAGAGCAAAGAAUGUUUUUCCAUCUACUAUCCUAGGUAUCCAAUUUAAGGGUAAUUAUUUCUGUGCAGGACUCAUUCAUGCUAAUGUAGAGGCAUACUAAUAUUGCUACAAAUAGUGCUGCAUUGGCUUUGCUAGUAAUGGAUUUGCUUAAAAAAAAAAAUCGAUGUAUAACAUAUCCUAAACUGGAUGUAAAAUAUGGCAGAAUGAGUACUCUUAACAUUCUGAUGAGAAGGGAAUCUGGGGCCAGACAGUCCUUCCGUUCACUCAGGCAGCACAGUCUAUACAACUUGUGUAUUUCCUGACUUUCAGGAGCAGCUGAUUCAAGAUUGAAAAGUAAUGUCUAUGAAAGAAAUUGACAACAGUAGCCAUGUUUAAAGAAUUAAAUUAAUCUCCAAAAGACACAGCAGGGUCUUAAAGAUCUUAAGUGAUAACAAGCAUUCAGGGCAUCAUAAACUGAUUUUGUCACAUUGUUUUACAUGGUAUUCAAAUGCACCUUUGAUUAAAAAGAGCUGGUAUUCGCCACACCAGAGCAAACAUUUAACAACUCUGCUCUUGUUGUUGUAAAUAUGAGUUGUCAUCCAAAGAAGGUUUACUAAAGUAAAAUAUAUACCAUGAAAAAAAAAAUCACCCUGACAAAGAUAGUACAUGAAUCAGUUGUUUAAGUUAUCCAAUUUACACUGUAAUCAAAUGCUCUACUAGUUAAUUAUCCCAAAGAGAAGAUCAAAUGCAAAUAAUUUUUUACUGCACAUCUUUCUUUAGUUGUAUCAUGUGAUUAUUGACUCUAUGUUAGAGUUGCUAAUCACAUGGGCAUCUUAAGAUCUGUGACAAAAGUGCGUACAAACAUUAUUUAAGAGGGGCAGAUUUCAUUGCAAAGGCAUGUACUUCCUAGAACUCAAAAAGCAACAGAUGCAAUAUUAAUCUUGGUAUUGAAAAGGGAUUUUUUAACAAUUUGUGCACAUAUGAACCAAAUCUGCUGCCUACUAAAUCAGACUGUUGGUCUACGGAACUCAGUACUGACUAUUCUGAUAGGCAGCAGUUCCCAGGAUUUCUCAAACUAAGUCUCAUCUUUCUUAAUUUACUUGUAUGAAGUGUUUUAAAACUAGAGAUGCUGGUGACUGAAUCUUUGUGUAUAAAGAUGUGCUCUAACAUUGGGUUUUGAUUACCAUUGGAUAUCAUCAAUUCAUUAUUCAACUCUUCAAUUACUUUCAGUUAAUUCUCUAAACCGUCUCUACUGAAGACCAUUGGGUUUGAGUUGAUACUGGAUAACAUGAAAGCUGCAUCUUGGGUUCAGGCAUAUUGAGUAGUCACAUUAUGCUACUGUAGAACAGAUGAAAAGCAUACAUGUGUGAGCCAUCCCAGUCACCACUCUUGAGUUGAGUACAAUCUGUACCAUUAUUGCGUUUACUUAGCACAAACAAAUGUGUUAAGUAUUGUACAGAACCCAAAGUAGGCAUUUUCACUACAUCAGAGGAACUAAUGAGUAGAUGGAGAAUUUGUGACUGUCCAGAUGUUGGGCUCCAAUUUCCAUUAACCUAAGUUAAUUAGACUUGAUGUUGUAGUAAAAGUUUCAGAAGAGCACAGGUCUCACACUCUUCAUCUAAAAAUACAGUCCGGUUAGUGUUUAUUCACAAUCAGUCCCACUGUAUUCGGUGAGAUUUAAGGAAAAUAUGGCCUGGUUACAUACGUGAAGAAAGUAGACACAAGUGCUGACCUCUGACAAUAUAAAACAUGUUAGCAUGAAUAGGGUCUGCAUAUUUCUUCUAUCCCUUCCCUAGUUACAGGGAAGAUCACGUUCCUGGAUCCCUAAGCUAAUUUUAAAAUAUUUCAAUUUUGUUUAAAUGGCUGUGGGGUUAGUUAUUUGUUUUCUUGUAGCUGGAACAGAGAAAGUUUUGGCUGCAAUCCAUCUGGCAUCACCACUGUGCACCCUCCAUUUGUUUCAAAAUGUGGCAGUCAGCUGAAGCAGAUGACGGUGUAUAAGAGCAAAGCAUAGCCCAUUGCAACCUUUCAUUUUGUAAUUCCAUCCUAAUGCUGCUCUCCAAGCAAAGGAGUAUCUGUGACCAGGCAUCUGGUAAUUGUACUACAGUGUUGUCCAAACUUGGCCACUUUAAGAUGCUGGCUGGGGAAUUCUGGGAGUUGAAGUCCACUCAUCUUAAAGUGGCCAAGUUUGGACAACACUGUUGUAGUACUACAACAUCAUGGAAAGCAAAGAUCACAUUUUUUUUUUAGCACUGAGCAAAUACGCCAGAGCAGGUAUGUGAACUUAGCCAGAAUGCUAAUUGUAUGAGCAAAAUAAGGAAACCCCAGUGAUGUAGCUGUUUAAUCCUGGAGCAGAACACUGGGUUCUGACUUCUUCAAAUAGAAAUUGAAUGAAAACUGCCCUUCAGCAAAAGAAAAAAAAUGAUACUGCAACUUUAAAUGAAAAAAAAAAUUCUUGCACUGAUAAAUAUAUUUAAGAAUUAUAUGUUUAUAAAGUUAUUAAUUUGUAAAGGCAGUGUUACAAAAUGUUCAGUUUAUAUUGUUUUAGAUUGUUUCAUAAUUUUGAAAGUGUAAAAUAACAUAUUUUUUUCUUUAUCAAAAAAAACCUAUAAAAUUUCUUCUGUAGUAAAAUGAUUUCAUUUUACUGGUAUAUUAUUGCUUCAUGUUUUGUAUCAUUAUAAAUUUUGUGCAAAUUUUUUUACAGAAAUUUUUUAUUUUCUAUGACAAUAUGACACUUUUAAAUUGUUAUUUCAAAAUGAACAGCAAAGCCUUAACUUUAAAUGACGUUUGUAUUCUCGGACACUGAGUAGCAUUAAAAGAAAAAGAAGGAUUGAAUUGUAAUUUAAAUUUGCAGACAAUGACUACUACAUUCCAAAGAAACAGUUGAAUUAAACAUUUUCA